AUGCCGCCCCACAGAGACGAAGACGAUGAUGUCGACGAAGAUUACGAUGGAUUGGAAUUAGAGGAGGAGGAAGAGAGAGGGAGUCGCGGCGGCUCGAAAAAGAAGAGAGCGAGAUCGGACUAUGUUGAUGAUUAUGCGGAUGAGGAUUCUGAGGAAGACGAUGACGAUGAUGAAGAUUACGAUGGCCGUGGAGGAAAAGGAGGAAAGGGAGGAGCUAAGAGAAAGAAGUCUUCAGCUUCCAUCUUCUUAGACAGCGAAGCUCACCAGGUUGAUGAUGAGGAUGAAGAGGAAGAAGAGGAAGGAGAAGACGAUUUCAUCGAACAUGGAACCGACCUUCCUGAUGAGCGUGUUGAAAGAAGACGGUAUCACGAACGGGGUUUUGAUGAGGAAAACAAUGAGGAUGUGGAAGAUCUCGAGAGGAGGAUUCAAGAGCGGUACUCUAGGCAUCAUGAAGAGUAUGAUGAAGAAGCUACAGAUGUGGAGCAACAAGCGCUUUUGCCAUCAGUCCGUGAUCCCAAACUGUGGAUGGUGAAAUGUGCGAUUGGCCGUGAAAGGGAGGUUGCGGUCUGUCUUAUGCAAAAAUUCAUAGAUAAAAGAUCAGAGUUGCAGAUCAGAUCUGUUGUUGCUCUUGACCAUCUGAAAAGUUAUAUUUACGUUGAAGCAGACAAGGAAGCUCAUGUGAAAGAGGCAAUCAAGGGCAUGCGGAAUAUAUUUACUAAUCAGAAGAUCUUACUUGUCCCUAUAAGAGAAAUGACUGAUGUCCUUGCUGUUGAAAGCAAAGCAAUUGAUCUAUCUCGGGAUACCUGGGUUCGAAUGAAAAUCGGGACGUAUAAAGGAGAUCUUGCUAAGGUGGAUGAUGUUGAUGAUGUGCGUCAGAGGGUCACAGUCAAGUUAAUCCCAAGAAUUGAUCUGCAGGCUCUAGCCUCUAAGCUGGAUGGAAGAGAAGUUGCGAAGAAAAAAGCCUUUGUUCCACCUCCACGUUUCAUGAACAUUGAUGAAGCGAGGGAAUUGCAUAUACGUGUGGAGCGCCGGCGUGAUCCCAGGACGGGUGAUUACUUUGAAAAUAUUGAUGGCAUGCGUUUCAAAGAUGGUUUCCUGUACAAGAACGUAUCGUUGAAGUCCAUCACUGCUCUGAAUGUUACACCAACUUUUGACGAACUUGAAAAAUUCAAUAAACCAAGUGAAAAUGGAGAGAGCGACUUUGGUGGUCUCUCAACUUUAUUUGCAAACAGAAAGAAAGGUCAUUUCAUGAAGGGUGAUGCAGUUAUUGUUAUCAAGGGAGAUCUAAAAAACUUGAAGGGUUGGGUUGAGAAAGUAGAUGAAGAAAAUGUUCUUAUCAAAUCAGAAAUGAAAGGUCUUCCUGAUCCUCUUGCUGUAAACGAGAAAGAGCUCUGCAAGUACUUUGAACCUGGGAAUCAUGUGAAGGUUGUUUCUGGGACCCAUGAAGGAGCAACAGGCAUGGUUGUUAAAGUUGAUCAGCAUGUGCUUAUCAUUCUGUCUGACACAACCAAAGAACAUGUCCGUGUCUUUGCUGAUCAUGUUGUUAAGAGCUCAGAAGUGACAACUGGUGUUACCAAAAUUGGGGAAUAUGAACUUCAUGAUCUUGUGCUUCUAGAUAACAUGACCUUUGGAGUAAUUAUACGACUAGAGAAUGAAGCUUUUCAGGUUCUUAAAGGGGUUCCUGACAGACCAGAGGUUGCUCUUGUCAAACUCAGAGAAAUCAAAUGCAAACUUGAUAGGAAAAUAGGUGGUCAAGAUCGCUACAAAAAUGUCAUUAAUGUGAACGAUGGUGUCAGAGUUAUCGAGGGUCCUAGCAAAGGUAAACAAGGUCCUGUGAGGCAUAUUUACAAAGGAGUCUUAUUUAUAUAUGAUCGGCAUCACCUUGAGCAUGCCGGAUUUAUCUGCGCUAAAAGCACAUCAUGCGUUGUUGUUGGUGGAUCACGUUCUGGUGCAAAUAGAAAUGGUGGUGAUAGGUUUAGUAAUUUCAAGGCACCCGCCCCAGUGCCCUCAUCUCCAAGAAGAUUUCAACCCGGAGGCCGAGGCAUGGGAUAUAACGGUGGAGGGAGGGGAAGGGGUGGAAGAGGAGGCGGAGAAAAUUCGUUGCUGGGUACUACUGUUAAAAUCCGUCUAGGACGUUUCAAGGGAUAUAGGGGACCCGUAGUAGAAGUGAAAGGAGAUUCUGUGCGUGUAGAACUUGAGAUGAAGAUUGUGACAGUUAAUCGGGAUGCAAUAUCAGAUAAUGUGGCUGCAACUACAACGUCUCGGGAUACAUCUCGGUAUAGCAUGGGAAGCGAAACACCUAUGCAUCCGUCCCGGACUCCUCUUCAUCCUUACAUGACACCAAUGCGGGACUCUGGAGCUACACCGAUCCAUGAUGGAAUGCGGACACCCAUGCGUGAUAGAGCUUGGAAUCCUUACACGCCUAUGAGUCCACCUAGGGAUAACUGGGAAGAUGGAAAUCCGGGAUCUUGGGGAACGAGUCCUCAGUAUCAGCCGGGAAGUCCUCCUUCACGGGCAUACGAAGCACCAACUCCUGGCUCAGGAUGGGCUAGUACUCCCGGUGGUAGUUACUCUGAUGCGGGAACACCUAGAGAUCAUGGUUCGACCUAUUCUAAUGCCCCAAGUCCUUACCUACCAUCUACACCUGGACAACCGAUGACACCAAGCUCGACUUCAUACUUACCUGGAACUCCCGGAGGACAACCAAUGACUCCUGGAACUGGCCUCGAUGUCAUGUCUCCUGUUAUAGGUGGGGAUGCUGAAGCAUGGUUCAUGCCUGAUAUUUUGGUUGAAAUACACAAGGCUGGAGAAGAAAGCAAUGUUGGGGUCAUCCGAGAUGUUUCGGAUGGGACAUGUAAAGUGUCUCUCGGGUCUAGCGGUGAAGGUGACACUAUAAUGGCCAUCCCAAGCGAACUGGAGAUAGUUCCUCCGAGGAAGAAUGAUCGUGUGAAGAUCGUCGGCGGCCAGUUCCGUGGGUCUAUCGGUAAGCUGAUCGGAAUCGACGGGUCGGACGGUAUCGUCAAGAUAGAGGAUAAUCUUGAUGUCAAGAUUCUGGACCUGGCCAUAUUAGCCAAGUUUGUUCAACUGUGA